AUGUACACCAACUCCACUGGUUUUAUGUACACCAACUCCACUGGUUUUAUGUACACCAACUCCACUGGUUUCAUGUACACCAACUCCACUGGUUUUAUGUACACCAACUCCACUGGUUUUAUGUACACCAACUCCACUGGUUUCAUGUACACCAACUCCACUGGUUUUAUGUACACCAACUCCACUGGUUUUAUGUACACCAACUCCACUGGUUUCAUGUACACCAACUCCACUGGUUUUAUGUACACCAACUCCACUGGUUUUAUGUACACCAACUCCACUGGUUUCAUGUACACCAACUCCACUGGUUUUAUGUACACCAACUCCACUGGUUUUAUGUACACCAACUCCACUGGUUUUAUGUACACCAACUCCACUGGUUUUAUGUACACCAACUCCACUGGUUUUAUGUACACCAACUCCACUGGUUUUAUGUACACCAACUCCACUGGUUUUAUGUACACCAACUCCACUGGUUUUAUGUACACCAACUCCACUGGUUUUAUGUACACCAACUCCACUGGUUUUAUGUACACCAACUCCACUGGUUUUAUGUACACCAACUCCACUGGUUUUAUGUACACCAACUCCACUGGUUUUAUGUACACCAACUCCACUGGUUUUAUGUACACCAACUCCACUGGUUUUAUGUACACCAAAUCUACGGAGACCAACACGGCGUUAGCAGUAGUAGCUGGAGGAUUGGACAAGUCUAAACCGUUACACCAUUCAUCUUGUUGGAUCUCGUGGGAACCAUGA